CAUCUUAGCAGGCGGGGUUUACAUUAGGGAACUGUGUUUAGCACACAUCAGGUAAAACAAGUUGCAAAUGAGCUGUCAGAGCGGUUAUAUCUGUAACGCUUGAUCAAAACGAAAACAGCAGCAUCGAGUUUGUAAAUAUUACUCUCAGGGGAUCUUUCAGGAUGUGGAGACUGUCACACUUCUGCUUGGUACUGUUUCUGUGGGCUUGUUUGGAUGCACUUCCAGUUGCUGUGGAUAAGACCAAAGUGAGCCCUCCAGCUGAGGAACUCGAGCCACCUAAAAGUGCAGACACUGGAUUACACUAUGAUCGAUAUCUCAGAGAGGUUAUUGAUUUCCUGGAAAAGGACCCACAUUUCAGAGAGAAACUUCAUAACACAGACAUGGAAGACAUCAAGCAAGGGAAACUAGCUAAAGAGUUGGACUUUGUCAGCCAUCAUGUGCGGACUAAACUCGAUGAGCUAAAGAGGCAAGAAGUGAACCGACUGCGCACCCUAAUCAAAGUCAAACAAGACAUGAAUGGAGAUAAAGGUAUGACAGUGGACCACCAAGCACUUCUGAAACAGUUCGAGCAUCUGGAUCACGUGAAUCCACAUACAUUUGAAGUGGAAGACUUGGAUCGUCUCAUUAAAUCGGCCACAAAUGACCUGGAAAACUUCGACAAGGAACGACACGAAGACUUCAAGAAGUACGAGAUGACGAAGGAACAUGAACGGAGGGAACAUCUUAAAACACUGGAUGAGGAAGCACGCAAAAAAGAGGAGGAACACUAUGAAGAGAUGAAGAAGAAACAUGCAGACCAUCCCAAAAUCAAUCACCCUGGCAGUCAAGACCAGUUGAAAGAGGUCUGGGAGGAAGCUGAUGGUUUGGAUCCCAACGAUUUUGACCCAAAGACAUUCUUCAACUUACAUGACACUAAUGGAGAUGGCUACUUUGAUGAGCAAGAGCUCGAGGCACUGUUUACCAAAGAGCUGGAGAAAAUCUAUGAUCCCACACAUGAAGAGGAUGACAUGGUGGAAAUGGAAGAGGAGAGACUUCGGAUGAGAGAACAUGUAAUGAACGAGGUCGACACCAACAAAGACAGGCUCGUUUCACUAGAUGAAUUUAUUACUGCCACAAAUAGAAAAGAAUUUCUAGAGCCAGAUGGAUGGGAGACUCUAGAACAGAAUCCAAUCUACACUGAAGAUGAGUUGAGAGAGUUUGAGGAGCAUCUUGCUCGAGAGGAGCAAGACCUGAACUUGAAGUCAAAUGAACUGCUGAAACAGCGAGAGGAGCUGGAGAGACAACAGGAACAGCUUAAUGCCCAGAAAAUGGAGCUACAGCGGGCGGUGGAGCACAUGGAGCGGUUGAAAACACAGAAAACAGAGCCUCCAGUGCAAACCAAAGUACCUUCUGCUGUGGAAAUACUACCUGGGGACAGUCAGCCUAUGGUACAAGGUCACCAGCAAGACCUCCCCACACAUUCUUAGCAGCUCAAGCUCUUCUCAGUCUGUGUAAUAUGUUUAUAUGUUGUAUGCAGUGUCAAAUAUUUCCAUCCUCACAUUCAAAUAGACCAGCGAAUGUCGGUCCCGGAGAGCCGCAGCCCUGUAGAGUUUUGCUUUAACUUUAAUCAAACACACCUGAACAAGCUAAUCAAGAUCUGAAGGGCUACUAGGUAGCUACAAGCAGGUGAGUUUUUAUUUGGGUUGGAGCUGAACUCUGCAGGGCUGCGGCUCUCCAGGACCGGAGUUCGCCACCCCUGAAAUAGAGCAUUUACUGUCACUUAGCAAAGACCUUGGCUUAAAGCAAUCAAACAAAUUGUUGUGGUAUUCUCAAAUACAAAAAAUACUGAGUUACGGUAUCCCAGAAUAGGCUGCUGAAGUAUGUUAAAUGGUUAACAGAAUUCUCUGUGGACACUUCUAUUCAUAUUCUCUAAUCAAAAUGCAGAGAGUUUGUGAGGACAGGGAUUGUACUUGAAACUUGUGUUCAGAGAAAUUAACUAUUUUUAUUGCACUUGUAAAUUUCUUGUCAGUCUUUGCACAAACAUGCCCAAACCUCAUAGGAUAAAUUUCUCUUUACAUUUAGGCUUUUAAUAUUAUACCUGGGCAACAAAUACACUUCAUGUCAAGCUAAAUGCCCCACAAUUCAGCAUUCUUCUGGUACGGCACUUUUAAUAGUCACAUUUUUGAUGAGUUACUACUGCAAUGCUAGUGAUUUUUGUUUUUUCAAACGGUUUUAUUUUAAUUCAUUAUGGUAUCAUGGUUUUCAACGAGUGUUCUACUGUAAACAAUGUAUAAAUGUAUAAAUCAUACUGAAAUCUAAUUAAGCAUAAAAAUUGUAUGGAUUGUUUUUUGGUUUUUUUUUUGGUUUGUUUGAAUAUCCUUUGUGAUUUCAAGAGUAAAUGACUAUGCUUUAUGUUUCUCUACAAUGUAUUAAAUUAUCUUAGCUUC